AUGUCCCUCACACCUCUCCAUCCCCGACCCAUUCCACCAGGUAGACAUCGUGCCUCUCCUUCAAUCACCAAACCCCCUACCCCUCAAACCAUCUCUACUCCGUCUCGAAUAUCCCAAUCAACCUCUGGGUCCAUCUCCACACAUCCUCAAGGGUAUCCGAAAGAAUCCGAAAGUCACCUCAAUCCCGCAGUUAACGAAUUCACCGAAUAUACUUCAUCCUCGAGGGAUUUGUCCAUCGGCCGAAGCUUCGAAGGAAGUGAGAUUCACGAGCUCAGAUUUGACACACAUUCUUCGGAAGGAGAUAGAACAGCCCAAAAUGGUCAACGAGGUUUAUCGGAUAUAACAAAUUCUUUGAAUGGAGUGAGAAGGGGGAAAAGUGGGAUAAAUGAUCUGCAGAGCUUUAAUGAGAUAUCAAGGAAAGGAGAUGAAGAGUUAGGAGAUGGGCAUUUGGAGGGUAGAAGGAAAAGUUUAGCGGUGGGUGUUAUGGGUGGUUUGAGGGAACGUAGUGAUGAUGAGAUUAAUAGAGCUGGGAAAGAUGAGGUCGUAAUGGCUUUGAAAGAGGAAUGGAGUAAUGGAGAGAAGCUCAUGGAGAGGAUAGAGGAGAUGGAGAUGAUACAUGCUAGUUUGGAAUCUGAUAAGAAAAAUCUGGCGAGGAAUAUACAGGUGUUGCAAGAACGACAAGAGGAGAGUUUAGCAGAGCAGAGCCGACUGGAGACCGAUUUGGAGGAGAGAAACGACAUACUAGAUCGGAUCAGAUCGAGAUUGUCAGAAGCUGAGAGAAAUGCUCGGGAGGCUCAGAGGAGGUAUGCAGAGCAGCUCACUGCACUUCGACUGGUUUCAUCGAAGACACAUGUCGGGGCCAUGAUUCUGGGAUGUCUCCCUAACAAACAGGAAAAAUCAUUCGAUGCCGAACGUCAAGCGUUCCUCGCCCAAGAACAACAUCUCCAAACCCGGUUAAUCGCUCUAAAAUCCAGCACUGUCCCAGUGAAAAAGAAAGAAACCAACGAACAAGCUCAAGAAGAGCUCGCUUCUCUUCACGUAGCUCACAGUGCCAUAUUAGCUCAACUGCACACACUCUCAGCAGAGGUUCACGAACUAAGAGGGGAGAACGUAAAGCUGAAAGAAGAGAAUGAAGGUUGGGAAUUCUUAGUGAGGGAUAGAACUUUCAACGAGAACCUUAGAGGAGGAUUUAUCGCUCCUCCAGUCAUACGCACGGAAGAUCAUGAUGACCUGGCGGAGUUUGUUGAAGCUCACGAAAACGACGAUGACGAAGAUGGAUUCGGGAAUGAAGAUGGGAGAAAAGGAAGAUUAGGAACAUUAGGAACAUUGGAUGAAGAGAUAGAUGAAGAGAUAGAUGAAGAGAUGGAAGAACUUCAUUCGGAUCUAGAAGCUCAAAGUCCGAUAUUCGAAGAUGAAAACGUCUUCGCCAAGGAUUUAGAUUCGGUUCCUGUUUCCACAAAAGGAAGAAGGAAGGGUCAUAAGGGAGAUUUGUUAGCACCGCCACCUAGAAGGAAGAGUAAGGGUGAGAAUCUGGGAGAUUUACCUGUUACUGGUAGUGGAUUGGAUUUGGCUGCUGAGUUGGGUAGGGCAGAGGCUGCACAAGGUGGAGAGAUGAGGGUUUUGGGGAAAGGUGACGAAGGGGAGGAUUUGGACGGUUGUGUAGGUCGAGCGGAUUUAGCAACCCUUCGAGCAGAAGUCAAACAACUUCGCGAAGCCAACAAAGCUCUCACUCUGUACUGUUCGAAAAUCAUCGAUCGUAUCAUUGCUCAAGAAGGAUUCGAACAGAUUCUCUCUGUAGAUUACAAGACUCGUCGUAUGGGUCGAUCGGCAUCUGGCAUGUCGCGAAAACCUACAGCUCAGGAGAUGUUCGCCUUGACGCCAUCUAUCUCCGAUUCGAAGUUGACAGGAGCGGGGGAAGCGAAGAGUAGACCGAUGAGUGUCAUACCUACCAAGAUUUCCGCUCCGGUACUCAUCGAGGAGAAGGAGAGAGAGGAGACUAAAGCGGAGAAGAGGAGUUUAGGGAAUGCUACUGAUUGUUGCCAGACCAGACGUGGGUUCUCACUCGAUUUACGAAGUUUCGGAUUUGGUUCUUCUUCCGAGAAAGAAAAGGAGAAAGAGAAAUCAGCUUUGAAACCUCUGGCUUUGGUUGGUCGUACUGCUCCCCUCACCCAAUCGUCUCAACCACCCCAGUUAGUACAAAUCACCCAACCCACCCAAUCUUCCCAAUCCCUCCCAUCCGGCCAACCAUCUCAACGUAAACUUGAUCCUGAAGCAGAAGACGAAAACGAUCGUAAAGAACGACAUUUACUCGAAGCUACACUCAAACUCAUGGGUAUUGAUAAACCUUCCACAUCCUCCUCCACCCCACAACCUAUCAUUUUCCCCUCUCCAAGUGAAGACCCACAAGUGUCAUGGUUAGGUAAAUUAGUGAGAUCCAGACCUUCAUCAAUUAUCUCUCCAUUCGAACAAAAACAAAACCCAUUCAUAUCUCCCAAUCCCUCUUCCAUAUCUUCUCAAACCCCACAAACGGAACGAAAUAAUCCUAUCAACACAAAUACAUCUCCUCCAAGUUCUCAGAAUAAAGAAGGUCCUUUAUCACGUUUAUCAUCAAUAUUAGGUUCAUACGAACCUCUUUCACCCACAUCCACAGAAAAAGAUCCUACCAAGAUAUCACCAGAAAAAGCAGCAGAGGCAUUGAGGUUAUUCGAUGAGAGGGAAAAGAGAAGAGCUAAAGAUAUUUCGGAUGGUAAAGGUGAUAAAACUUAUACUUCUCCUGGACCGAAGAAUCUCAGAAGAUCAAUGUCUAGUAGAUCUGGUGAAGGGGAUGGAAGUCCGAAGAGGGUAGGUAAGAAUGAAAGUAUUUCUACUUUGUGGAGUAUGGGAAGUAGACCUUCUAGUGAGGAGUUGGAAGGGAGGAGAUGA